AUGAGUCUUGAUCCAGCAGAACCACCUAUUCCUGAAGAUCCAGAAGAGGAAAUUAUUCCCUAUGUUGGUCCACCAAAAUUAUUACCUGUUGCAAUCAAAACAGGAGAAGAAGAUUUCGAAUUAUUGAUGACCUUCAAAUGUAAGCUUUAUCGUUUUAGGAAUGAGGAAUGGAAAGUAAAAAUUAAUCAUAUAAUUUAAAGUAAAGAGGUUAAGGUAUCUUAAAAUUCUUAAAACAUUAAGAAACUAAGAAGUGUAGAAUAUUAAUGAGAUAAGAUGCUACUUAUUUUAUUAGAGCUAAUCAUUUAGUUUCAGAAACUAUUGUUAAGAGCAUGUUUCAUCAAUUUGGAUAUGAAUGGAUAGGAUAGGAUCAUAGUGAUGGGGAAACUAAGUUAGAAUAAUUUAGUGUUAAAUUGGAAAGUGAAGAAGAUUUUGAUAAAUUCUAUCAAUAAUAUGAGGAAUGUCGUAUUUUAAAUAAAGAUGAAGAUUGA